AUGACGAGCGCGCUGGCCUCUGUCAACUUCUACAUAGGGCAGGUGGAGCUGCAGGCUCAGCUGCGCGAGAGCCAGCUGCAGCGCAAGCUUGAGAAGGUGCAGGAGGCCUGCAAGAAGAAGCUGCAGGAGGUCCACAAUGGCUACACCCAGGCCAAGCGGAAGUAUAUGGAGGCAGCCCAGGAGAAGCAGAACCUGGAGGCUGACAGGGCAGAGCUGCAGCAGAAGUAUGCGCAGAAGGCGCAGCAGGCUCGCAAGCUGCAGGAGAUGUUCCAGAAGCUGCAGAAGGAGAACGAGAUGCUGCGCUCCGGCCGGCAGCUUGGCCAGAGCGCGGGCUCCAUGCUGGCUGGCAGGCAGUACAGAAGCACCACCCCUCCGCCAAUGGGAGGCGGCAUGGGGGACCCAGGUGGCAACUUGGUGACAACCAUACACCGCAAGCAAGUGUUCCUGAACCCAGGUCAGGCAGACAUGGGCCACAACAUGAUGCACAGCAGCCAGCAGCAUCUUGGCGGGGAUUUGGUGGAUCUGGGCCUGUAG